CCUCAAGCCUCGCGCCUGAGGUUCCAUCAACCCGCUCUCUUCCGGUCAUUCGCUAGCCAUUCUGUGGUGAAGAACAAGAUGUCGAACGACGCAUUCAGUGAGACGCUUCAGUUCAUCACGACCGUCAAACUCAGCGAGCUCAGUAAAAGGAAUGACAAGUUUGUCGAGUACGCAUCUCAAGUCAGCAAAAAAGCAAAUGAACACCCCGACAUUGAUCCUUUGGCUCGUCUUAAGGUGCUGGUUGAUGGUCUUGACGGCUGGCCUGGCGCUCUCUCGUCCGAUUUUAGUUCCCGCGAUGUCCUGCGCUAUCUAAACCAGGCAAAGCGCGAUCCUGGUUUUCCGCCCUCGGUAGUUGACGACUGGACUCGUCAGGCGGAAGCGCAGUUUGGGCACGAGGGCACGCGAUUUGACUUUGCACGGCUGUUUGGCAUGCUUCUUAAUGACUGGCUCAACUCGAACUCUCGAAGCACGUCGUCCGGUGUCGAUAGUGUUACUAGUGAGGAGGUCGUCACCACAGAGGGUCGACAGCCCGCAUUAGGAGAUUACGAAAAGGUCGAUAGGAAGGCGACGAUUGAACAGAAGGAGAAGUUGGAGUCACUCAUCUUUGAGGAGAAGAAGAUAGACGUCGUUGCUCUAAAUAAUUAUUUGGGGGGUCUAUUCUCGACGAAAGACACGAAGGAAGAACUCGAUAAUCUGCGGUCCCGCAUCAAAAAGUUCGCGUCGUCUUUAAAUACUCGGAAGAUUUCGAUGACGGAGCUCAAGCAAGUAAUUCGGUCUGUGCUUCAAUCGGAUGUUCUCUCGGAAAAGAAGCAGGCGACAUUGAAGGAGUUCUUGCGCAAUCCGACAGUCAUGGAGGAGUUGGUAAGCGUGCUUAACAUGCAACUAUCGACUAUCAAUUCAUGGAGUUGGCCCGUCGGCGGAGUCUUACUUGAGCCGCGCCGGCAUCUCAAUGGACGAACGCGCUUCUACCUUGAUGCAGAGAUACUCACUUGUCUUCUUCUCCACUUCCUUGGCAUUCUCUGGUCAGUUGAAUUCAAGUCCAAUCUCAGACGGCUCCUUAACAGUAGGAUUUGGAAGCAAUUGCCGAAGAAGCUUAGCCAACUCGAGCACCAGAGGAGAGAUAUAUUCUACGGUAAAGAGAGCGAGUGCAUCGAUAAGGUUCGGCGCAGGUACAACGAGGAUCAUUAUUUUAUGUGCCAGUUACCGUCAAAUUUCGCAGGCCUCACUGACCAUUACAACGAAGACGAUAGCAAGAGCCAUGUUCCAUGCAAAAAGCGGUCGCGGAGGGGUAUCAACUCCCGUGGUCCUCAGUUCGAAACCCCUGUUGACCUGAAGCAGUCCUUGUUGCAUAUACUCUCAGCAGACGUUGCCUUGAACAAAGUACUUCAUAGCCAGUGCACUGUGGUGCGUACAGAUCUCGAAUGGUUUGGCCCGUCGUUGCCCUUCGACACUGUUACAACCGUCCUUCGUUUCUUCGGCGUCCCCGAGAAUCACGUCAAGUUCAUGGAAGCCUUCUUAUCGUGUCCAGUAAUGUUUAAGGGUGAUCCGCCAAAUCAAGUACGCGUACGCAAGCGUGGAGUCCCAAUUUCAUAUGCGUUUAGCACUCUUUUCGGCGAACUCGUGAUGUUCAUCAUGGAUUUCGCUGUGAAUCAGAAAGCUGACGGGCUUUUCCUUCAUCGCAUACACGAUGACUUCUGGUUCUGGGACACCAGUUCCGAACGCUGUGCGGUUGCUUGGGCGGAGAUGCAACAAUAUGCGCAGGUCGCCGGGUUGAAGUUCAAUUCGGAGAAGACAGGUUCAGUUGUUGUCGGAAGCCAUGAAAUACACCCUGGCCUACCUUCUGGUGAUGUGCGAUGGGGAUUCCUGCGCAUGAAUGCAGCGCAGGAAGGGCGGUUCAUCGUCGAUCAGGACAUGGUUGACCAGUAUAUUGAGGAGUUGCGUCGGCAGUUGGCGGCGACGUCUUCUGUGUUCGGAUGGGUUCAAGCGUACAAUAAAUACAUCGCGUUUAUUGUACGUAAUUGUGGUGCGCCUGCAGUGGUGUGGGGAAAGGAACACAUUGACAGCGUCAUCGAUACGAUUACUCGUGCCCAGAGGGUACUCUUCUCUACCGAGUCCGACGGCAGGAACCAAGCCAGCUUUGCGGGUGCAAUCUCAAAGAUGAUCGAAGAUAAGUUCAACAUAUCGACCAAAGACGUGCCUUAUGGGUGGUACCUCUGGCCCAACGCGGCAGGUGGCCUCGAAGUCAAAGAUGUGCUCGUUGAUUUGUUCCUCCUGCGGGAAGGUUUUGUGGCAAAGUCCGUUGAGAGCAUAAUCAAUCUUGCUUCCCGGACUGGUGAACAGGAGUAUGACAAAGCGAAGCAAUUAUGGGAGAGCAACGCUGUUGUUAAAGCGAAUGAUCCAUUCUUUUCGUUCGAAGAGUUCAAGAAGGGUCGCGAAGAGCGUGGAGAAUGGUGGUGCACGGCGUACAAAAAGCUCCUUGAUCGUCCACAGAGCUACUCUGUCUCUCUUACACCAAAACUGGAAGCAUCUUUAAAGCUUCUCGGUGAUGGUAUCGAUGCGUUUGGUGGGUCGGCGGGUGCCACGUCCGGUUGGAACUCGCUUCGGCCAUACUGGAAAUGGGUCAUCGCGCUGCAUCACGAUCAAAUGGUGAAGAAGUUCGGAAGCUUGGCAGUCGUAGAUCCAACGUCUGUCCCUGUGGGUAUGGUAUCGGUGUUCAAGAGUUCGCGUAUGAAGUGGGAACAGUAAAACGUACGUAGCGUUAGGCACGCUGCUUUGUCCUUGUAUUAUAGAGACCUUGUAUUAUAGACUCUAAAAAUAAAGUAUCAC